UUUUCUUGCUACAGCUAGUAGGCUAACUGCCACAGUCCAGUCGCCAGUCAAAUAUCAGCAUCAGGAUACAACGAAAGUAAAUGUCCUCCGGUAAAGUUAAUGAAAAAAAGAUGUACUUAGUUACAUUUACAUUCAGUAAAAAAAGGGUGGCUACUAACAGGAUUACAGUUUUAAAAUGGAGAAUGACAGACAACAACAUCACUCCUGUCUUGAGUGAAACCAAAUACACUCUUCAUAAAGAUGCUGAUGAAGCUUCUCAGUCAUGCCGAGUCUCGCUGGGUGCCGUAUCGUUGACAGCUGGACGUGUUUCAGUCUCCUGGAGGCGGUUCACCUCCCACCCAGGUCGCUUCUUCAGUUCUAACCAGCUGGAGGGGAGCUGCAGGCCUUUCAGCUCCGUGUGGGAGUGUCCUCGCAGAGUCGUUAAGGACCCGUGUCGGCUCUGAGUUUCAGAGUCAUUGGGGCCACUUGUGGGUAGUUGACCCACCUGGUCUUAAUGUGGGUUUCGGAGGCGAGUUGAGCCCAGGUGUGAAUGGUUGUUCAGCUGUCGGAGGAGCUCAACGCUGCAUUCUCAAGUUUAUGAUACCUACACGCUUUGUUCAGCCAGGUGGAUCUUCAUGUGUCCAUGUGUAAGUGAAGGAGGAGUGGUGGCCCCGCCCCCUGGGGCCCGAUCAGCCAAUGGGAGGGCUCCGUGGAUUAUCCUGCUGUUAUAAAGUCUGAGGAUGCAGCAGCUGACUGGGAGCGAAAACAACUGAAAGUACAACACGAGUGAGCUGUCAGAGCAACUGUGAGCAGAGGAGAACCUGGUCCAACAAGUGCUCAGCAGAGAGGGAAGAGGAAGAAAGUAGACAGAAGAAGAAGAAGAAGUGAUGGAUCACUCCAAACAGACACAGUACAGCCCCAACGAGAAGAAAGACGCGGGGGCCAGCAGCUCCGUGCUGAACGGACACUUUGACGGGAUGGCGAAGCGGCCAGCCGGCGGCACCGGGCGCGCCGCCGCCGCCGCGCAGCCUCCGGGCGCGGAGUCCGGCUCGCACCGGCCGGCCGCCUCGGUGAUGGAGAGCUGGAGGGAGGAGCGCACCAGGAGCGUGGAGGACAACGAGAUGAGCCUGCCGUCCCUGGCCGCCGCGUACACCACCAUCCUGCGGGGGCUCGGGGAGGACCCGCAGCGACAGGGGCUCCUCAAAACCCCCUGGAGGGCCGCCACCGCCAUGCAGUUCUUCACCAAGGGCUACCAGGAGAAAAUCAUCGACGUGCUGAACGACGCCAUCUUCGACGAGGACCACGACGAGAUGGUGAUCGUCAAAGACAUCGACAUGUUCUCCAUGUGCGAGCAUCACCUGGUGCCCAUCUUCGGCAGGGUUCACAUCGGUUACCUCCCCAACAAGAGAGUUCUGGGUCUCAGCAAGCUCGCCAGGAUUGUUGAAAUCUACAGCCGUCGACUACAAGUUCAGGAGAGGUUGACCAAACAAAUUGCCGUGGCGAUCACCGAGGCCCUGCAGCCCACCGGGGUCGGCGUAGUCAUCGAGGCGACUCACAUGUGUAUGGUGAUGCGAGGCGUUCAGAAGAUGAACAGUAAAACUGUCACCAGCACCAUGUUGGGAGUUUUCAGGGAAGAUCCAAAAACCCGGGACGAGUUUCUGACACUGAUCAGGAGCUGAGGAGGAUGAAGCUCCUCCUCUUCCUCCUCCUCCUGUUGCCUGAGGUUACCUCCACCUGUGUGUGUGUGUAUGAGUGUGUGUGUAUGAGUGUGUGUGUUUUCAUCCCACCAAAGGCAGUGACAGAGUGUUUACUGUUUUCAGUCCGACUCUUUCAAUUCAUCAGAUAAGGGGAAGCGUUACCGCGGCAACAUGUUGUUUACCCUCAGACAGGACAGACUUUAACCGUGUUUGUCCACGUCUGAUCUCUGUGCUCAUUAAUCAAAUAUGAGCGAUCGGCCUCAUACAAGAGUUUAACAGAGAUAUCCUAUCCAUGGAACAAAAGAAGCAGAGUUUAAAGGCCUUAUUGAAUCAAUAAAUCAAAAGUGUCACAAAUAAUUAACACAAAAAUAAAGAUUUGUGAGAACAGUUUGAGAAAUGAGGGCUAGCAUCGUUUUUACAGUGAGGUUUUUCAGAGCUCAAUGAUGUACAAUCACAGCACAGAAUUUCUUUAUUCAAUGCUCAAUCCUCAAAAAAUGACAUCUCAUAAAUUAAUAAAAGGCGUGCAGGUCUACAUAGCAUUUUGUUACUCAAACCAUCUACCGACUCUGAGGGAAGUUAGAGGUAAUGUCUUGAGGAGAAACUCAGGACUGUUGACUGUUGAAACAGCUAGCUACUUAACUGAUUAGUUGACUGACAGAAUGACGAUAUGGUACGAUACGAUACGAUACGAUACGAUACGAUACGAUACGAUACGAUACGAUACGAUACGAUGCAAGAAAUGCUUUAUUAAUCCUCCAGGGGGAAACUGAGUAAAAUAAAAGCACAUCAUAACCAUUUCUACCUAAACAAAACACAAUUCCGAGUCCAAGCGACUAAAACACAUGGAAACAAAAAUGUUGGAUGCAGACAAAUAGGCACCAGCGUAUUUCAUGCUAAUAAUACAAAUGAUAUGCCAUAUAAAAGCUGAAACUCUACCAAGUCAAGGCCACAUAAAAAAACAGCCAUAUUUAGAUGGAAUGGCCUUAACAUGAGAAAUCUAAAAUGACUUCAUUUCAUUGAACCAGUCCUGACAGAAGGAGAGUUCAGAUGCCAUGCUGUAGUCUUCCAGAGCUUUUGGGCUGCAGCUGCAUCAUUUCAGGGUAAUAUUCACUCUAAAAAUGCAACAGUUUGUUGUUAAUUCAAUAUUUUAUUCAUGCUCAAUGAAAACUUCAUUUUACUCUGACCCUGUGAGAUCUAUACUGAUGCUUACAUCUCUGCAGAAAUCUCACGAGUGUUACCUUUACUUGGAAUUGUGAUAGUUCUUAAAACAUUCAUCGAGCACAAAUUCCUAAACAUUUGCAGAUUGCAGCUCUGAAAUUUGAGGAUUUUCUGUGUAGAAUUAAAUAUCGUCAGGGGGAAAUUAUGAUAAAAUAAAGACUCAACAACUAAUCGAUGAGAUGGAAAAGAGAUCUACAGAUCUAAUCUUUUUAUUAAUGUGUGAUCAUGUUUCUGUGAUGGACCAGACUUUAACACUCUGUCACACCUCAAAACCACCAGUUAACACACAUCAUCCUCUUUUAUUCAGGACUCCAGCUGAGAUAACAGUUUUUUAAAACUACAAUUCACAAAACAAAACAAGUAUUUAGAUAUCAAAUAUAUUGGAACAUGUAGUUCAAAGUCAUCAGGGGAAAUAUGAGCUAAAUGCAGCUUGAAAAAAACUGUUUUCUCAGUUUUACAAUAUUUUUGUCUUUGUCUUAUUCGUGUUACUAUGAUCCUGUGAAGGAUCCGCCUGUAUGUGCCAACUCACCUCUCGAUUAAAACCAAAACAACAACUUCAUGGUUCACACUGAGCUACAGACUCACCGCCGUCUGAAUACAAACUGAAAAUUUUGAUUUCCCAUGAGAGGUGAAUGAAAAGUGUGUAUGAUAGAGUGUGUGUGUUCAGUGACCUUGUGUUUACUCAUGUAGCAUAUUUUGGCAUUUUAAUACAUCAUCAUGUCCCCAGACUGACUGUGGGAGGUUUUAACUUGUGCAAUGUGGUGACUGGAGUAGUGUGUGUGUGUGUGUGUGUGUGUGUGUGUGUGUGUGUGUGUGCAUGUGUGAGAGUUUGUGUGUGUGUGUGUGUGUGUUGGAGGGAAGUUGAGCGCUAACAAACGGCUCGGAUGUUGUUUUUUGUGGCCUUGUUGAGAUGGAUGGCCUGUUCUGUGGCCCCUUCACCAUCAUUGUCACUUUAUGUACUGUGUUCAUUUCAAAUACUUUUUAAUCAAAGAAAGUAAAUCUCUAUGUGACGGCGAUGA